ACCCCGUUUAAUGAUAUAACCAACAAAGCUACGGAGGAAAAUCGGGCACGUGGCAGUACUACCAGUUGGUAUGCUCGAAUGUCUGCUGACAAGAAAGAAGAAUACCUAAUGAAGCUGCGGAUAGGACGCCAACAAGUUAAGGAUGCAGCUCCAAAUGCUGGUAGACCGUGUUCUCAAAACAUUACCGGAAAAAAUCUCCUCGCUUCCUUCUAUCAAACUGAGAAGCCUGCACAUACCACGUGUGACAAUAUUGACGAACCAACUCAGCUUGCAGGUACAUGUAAACUGAAUAUUGCUGUGUCAUUAUUUUUAUAGCAACAACAUGACUUAACUCUUUGUUACCAGGAGUGUGUACCCCGUUAAAUGACCAAGCACUAUCCGCUCCUACAGAUGUAAAUCUGGAACGAAAAAAAAGUAAUAGUACCAGUUGGUAUUCACGAUUAUCUGCUGAGAAGAAAAAAGAAUACCUACAUAAACAAAAGAUUGCACGACAACAAAAAAAGGCUGCAGCUCUUACUGUGCAAGGUCAAUCAUGUUCAGAGACGCAUGACAUUGGCAAAAAUACUACUAGGCGAGAGCGUGAACGAGCACGUCGGGAAAUGCUAACAUCAAGUGAGAUAGAAGUCAUUAAUGCAGAACGAAGAUCUCACAGGCAGAACCUAUCACCCGGGAAGAGGGCAACUAUGCUAGCUAAUCGCAAUGCAAAAGCCGUGGCUAAGCGGAACACUCCAUGCGCUCAAUCCAUCGCGAUGAAGUGCCCUCUUAGUUUGCAAUCAGAAUCAAACUUGUUGUUCCCACUAACAGUCACAAACCCCUCACCCACCGUGGAGGCAUCCGCUGCAGCUCAUGCGUCACAAUCAGUGUGCACGUCCAACCACAGCACUGAGACUGACGGCGAAUACCUAAGCAGGACAUUAGACACUGAUCUCUUCAAUGAUAACUUCAUGGGAUUCACGCAACAGACCGAUGAUCAGCAAACAAAUCUCCUAAUGAAUCAACCAGGCGAGCAGAAGCAGGAGAACAGAGCUCAUCGAAGAUCUCGGGAACGAGCUGAAAGAGAACGGAUGCAAGUUGCAGAUAUGCGACAGAAGAAUGCACAUCGGAGAGCAAACAGACAAAACAUACCACAUGGGGAGAGGCAUGCACAUCAAGAACGUUCGAAUGCUCGUUUCACGGCUAAGCAGAACACCCCACACGCCGAAUCCAUAAUAAUGUCAUGCCCCGGUGCAUCUACCUCAUCUGCGCCCAACCCGUCGUCAAUCAGACAAGCAUCACCUCCAGAAUCAGCUAGGGAAACCACAAAAGAUUACACUGUCGGGACAGACGGUGAUAUGGAGGCGUUUCUUGCCAGGCUCAUGGAGGAGAAUCCCAACCCAACCAACCUAAUGGACGAGGAAUAUUAUCUAUUCGCCGGUGAAGGUUCCGACACUAAUGACAUGGACUUUGAGGAACCAGAGUCGAACGGCACAGGCUCUGUAGACGAGGAUCCUUUUGACUUUGUGUACUCAAACCUGCCAGACAGCACACACAUCCUUAAGCACGCCGACAACUGCUUGCUAUGCACAGCCAAGAAAUUCGAGUACGAGACCGAUGGUUUCUGCUGUCGGAAUGGGCAAACCGAGUUGCUUGAACCGGAACCUAUACCGGAGCUCAUGAGGCUCUGGUCUAGCUCUGAUGCGGACUCUCGGCAUUUCAGGGACAGCAUCCGGUUCUUCAACGGACACUUCUCCUUCACAACCCUUGGCGUCAGCCUCGACAACAACUAUACAAACAUGAAGUCCGGGGUGUACACAUUUCGGGCACAUAAAACCAUGUACCACAACGUGCAUUCGUUCGGGCCAGGUUCUCGUCCGGAACAUCUGCAACUGUACUUCUACGAUGAUGACCCGAACCUAGACCAUCGUAAGAAAUCUACGGAGAAUUUAGAUCAGUCCGUCGUCAAGAUGUUAGUGGACAUCCUGAAAGAAAAUCCAUACUCCAAACAAUUAAGGAGAUUAGGAGCCCAGACGGAAAACCUCGAUGAGUACCGGAUAGAGCUGAACACUGACCAGAAGCUAGACCAAAGGAGAUAUAACAAACCUAUAUCAGAUGAGGUAGCUGCUAUUUGGGUUGAGGGUAGCAACCUAGCGAAAAGGUUUGAGCGAAGCAUUAUCCUCCAUGGUAAUAACAAUGAUAAAUACAGUAUACAAGCCACACAGGGCUGUUACGACCCGCUCUCAUACCCCCUGUUCUUCCCAAAUGGGGAGCUCGGGUGGCAUCCUAAUAUACCAAAAUUUGGUGUGUCAUAUGAAGCUGCGCAAAGGUCAAGAGCAAACCGGGAUAACGAUGCAGGUUUGAUUUCACCUUUCUUACUACAUGUUGUACCUUUUAAUUCCCAAUUGUUGCCUAAUAUUUUCCUUUUUUUUGCCUUUCUACAGAAGGAAGAAGCAGGUUGUGCGUCUCUGUGAGGGACUACUACUGCCACAGGCUGCAAACACGA